AUGAGAAAGAUGGAAAAAGAUCUGCAGAACCAGAACCUUCUCUCUAUGGCCAAGGGGGUCGGCUACAAUCCCAGCACACGAGUGCCAAGUAGGGUUACUGUCCAGGGGGACAGUGGCGCUAUGAAAUUCCAUAUGAUGCCAAAGGAGUGGGGAGCUCGGGGCAUCCAAUCCUACAUUGAUUUUGAGCAAAUCGAGGCCAUGUGGGCCAAAACACAAACCGUGAAGCAGCGACACCUACUUAGGUGCAAGAAACAGCAGUCGUCCCUCAUUUCGAAGGGCUUUCCGUGCAGUUGUGCAUGGAUAUCUGGGAUGGAGCUAGGCGUGCUGCCAGAUGAGGACGCAUGGCUGUGCGAAGUUGCAGUGUCGCAUGAGGCCGAUGUCCUUGAUACGACGGCUGCUAAAGUGACAGCCCAUGAGGAGUUUGAGCUUUACUGCGUUCAGUCCGAACUAUUCGACAUGAUCGACGUGUGUUUUGAGUGUGAGCUUCAGACGUACCACAUCGCAGGGGAUGAGGAUACGAAGGAACCAGGCUCCCGACUCGAAGAUGUCUCGCUUUGGUGCGGCUAUACAAUCAAGGACGGUCAUGGUAGUGCCAGCGUUCAUCCGGGUAAGGGUUUCGAACAAGCCCUCUUCCAAGACCCGUUCCUGGUUGAGCCUGACUGUUAUGCUGAGCCUCCGAAGUGCGAACCGUCAAUUUCAGGCACACCUACUUCAACUUCAAGUUUCUCAUGUUUUGCGGGCGGAGUCACUUUCUUUGCUGCGGUGCUCGAGGAUUGGGGUUUCAACCCGUGGAGCGGGUGCAGAGUGGGGGAAGCGAAAAACCCAGGACCUGCUGCUAUGUCCAUUCUGGGAGCUGACUUCCUGGAAGAGAUCAAGAUCAUGAUACGGGAAAUGGUUCAACAGGCAAUCCGUGAGGCUUUCACUGCUGGCCCGUCUCCCAGUGCCCGAGAUGGGGCUCGCGAAUGCAAUGAGUCUAACGAUGAUGAAGGCAAGCGCAAAAGGCGACGACGUGAUGGCAAAGGCGAAGGGGGCAAACCAGGACAACCAGAGCAACAGGCGAGUGGUGCUGAUCUUCGCAGUUCUGAUGCUUCCUCAGGGACUACACCUAGCAGGGGUAAAGGCAAAGGAAGUUCGGGCGCUGCGCGCAAGGUCCUUUUGUCUGACGCCGCUGACAAGCAGACCAAACAAUCCGGCCAUAAAUCCCCAGACAAGGAUGGAUGGAUCAAGGUGCAACGAGCCCCGCCAGUAGGUGAUUUCAAGCUUCGACCUCAAGACUGGGAUUCAACUAUCGUCCAAGUCGACAAUUUCGCUUCUGAGUUGGAUAGUGCAGCGAACGAUGCUGUUUUCAAAGCAGUGGUAUUGUGCAAUACUGAGGAGCAGGAGCUGAUCAAUACUAUGUUGGCAGGCACGGCGAAGAAACAUAGUGUGCUCACCAUUGUCUUGGGCAAGUGUGACAAGGCUCAGCGCAUUCCAGGUAAGAUUGGAGACCGUCUUUGUUUUCGAGAUGGAUUGGCCACGAAAAUCACCUCGCAGAACACCGCGGCCCCACAGCCUACAGGAAUGAAACAGCAACAGGUCCAGAUCGCAACCAAGGCUACACAGGUCAUCAGUGUGCGAGUCCCGUCUCUUUUCAUGGAGCGGGAAAAAUGGGACAUGUUUGCAAAAAAUCCAUCAAAGUCAAUAGUGCAAUGGUGCGGGGACCAUCACGUGCAAACCAUUGACACUUUUGCGUGGAAGGAGGAACAAGAUCAGCGCAUGGGCCGUCAGCUAUACGGGUUGGUACGCUUACUACAAGUGGACGUGACUACAAUUCUCCGUGCUUCAGGUCAUGGGGGAAUUUUUAUUGAAGACAUUUCUCGGAAAACUCGGGCCGCGGUAGAGUGGAUCUCCCGUAUUUCAUCGGACGAGCAACACCACUCAUAUUUGGGACGCGCCCUCAGAGCCACAGGGGACCUGGGUUUAGUGGUCCGGGGCAAACAGUUGGGUUGGCGACGGUCGGUCAAGGCGGAUGAGGCAGUGGCCACAGUAUGGAUGCUGGAAUCCAUCCCCAAGGAGUGGGACACGGACCAAAUUAAGGAAGUUUUGAGGACAUCCUUUCAAAACGUUACCCUGAUCAAGCAAAGACAUGUGAAAGGAUGGCGCACCUGUUGGUUUAGGGGUGCUUUGCAGGCCAAGGAUAAUCGAGAUCUCGUGCCGGUAGCUGUUGAGUACAUGGGUGCUGCUAUGACGCUAUGGGCAGUUCUUGCACCUCCCCGCAACACACCUCGCAAACAAAGGCCGCUUCGAGGAGCAACCAUGAGCUUGGAGGCCAAACGGUCAAUACUAGACCCAAUUGCGGAAGCUGCAGGUGUGACUGGUGGGACAGAGGUAUCACAGAAUGCACAGAAAGAGGAGUCUGUCGCCAAGAGACCUAAGGUUGAGAAACGCAAGAUACCGACUGGAACAAAAUUGCAAAGCAUGCCUGGUGAUGGAUCUUGCGGUUUUCAUUGCUUUGCUGAGGGCCUGAAGAUUUUGUCGAAAGACAAACAAGUUGUUCAUCCUCGGGAGAUGCGAGCAAAAGUUGCGGCCCAUCUCCAGCGAUAUGAGAAGGAGUACGUGCAUAUGUGGGAUGGAACAGGACCGAGUGGACAGAAGCUGCCUUCAUGGAAUGAGUAUGUUGAGGCUGUGUCCAAAGAAUCCGCAUAUAUCUCGGAGAUGGAGAUUGCAGCCUUAUGCCGGAUUUAUGAUAUCCGGGCCAUUUUCGUGCCGGAAUGUGCAUCUUUCCCUCCAGUCACAUUUCACAUUAAGCAGCAAAAGCGAGUCAUCGGUUUGUGGCACACGCAUCAACACCUUGACCUCUUGCUACCUGAUGGUCAGACAGGCUACCCAAAGGAACUGCUGGAGGUCAAGAACGGGCCAACUUUUGGCGUUCGAGUUGGAGGCGCAGAGUCUGAAGCUGGUACCGUUUGGACUUCGAGGGCCUCUCAGGUAAAAGGAGCCAACAUAGUCCCAAGCAGUAAGCGUUCGUUGGAAGGUACCGUGUGGACUAACAAGACGGCUCGCAGUAGCGCAGCUUGCAGACGCAACGCAACUUCGCAGCCGGAUGGACUAGACAGCAGGCCUCAUGGAACUGCCUGCCAGCGCACUAUUUGGACGACAAGUGCCAAUUCCCUCCCGAACCUGCCGGCCAACCCCGACCUCGAACAUGACAUCGAUGCUUUGGAUAGCAUGAUCUCGGAGAGCUUGCUUGACUCAAAUAAUAGCAUCCAAUCCAACAAGAAGCGCAAAUGUCCUUGGCGUGUUCGAGACCCGAUGCCAGUUGAUAAGAUUUUUCGAUGUAAGCUCUGUCCCUUCCAGAAACCGGUCAAGGACGCCAAGAGUUACAUCAACUGCCGAGCUAAGCACUGCAACACACAUCAUGAAGGCAAAGGUCUGCCAGGAAAGCAUUUCCGACCCAUGAUGGAGAACGUGAACGGGGACCUUGAACGUUUCUUUUGGAAGUGCCCAAUCUGUCGAAAAGGCGUCACUAAGGAACUAAGGGCGAAGAUCAACGCGAAGGCCUUUGCCGCUAUGAAACGCGCCCGUGGAGCUGAGCAGCAUCCUCGAAUCGAUCGGGCACGAUGGUUGAAAAUAGCCAAGAAGCCCAUGGACAAGGCCAAAGUCUCAAAGAAGCACCGGUUCCAGAAGCUGAAUGCCAAAGUGGUCAAUCACCUGCAGGCGCCGCCAGUGCCAACGACAAAAUUUCGCAUGUAUAUUUGGCCACAUGCCAAGUGCACCAAGAAGAAGAUUACAGGCCUUGAGUGCGAGUUCCACCUUGUCAGCAUCUUCCUCAAAAUCGCGAGUUUGAAUGUCAAUCGUAAAGGUGUGUCCCUCUCCAACCUCAUUGAUGAUUUUGCCAGUGGAAUUGGUGCAGAGUUACUUUCAAUACAGGAAGCUGAUGUGAAUCCGCUGUCCAAACUUGGCUACUUGAAGGAAUGGAGAAGCCUUGGAGCCACCGCUAUCCUGAGUCAGCUGGAUGAUGGCGCCAACUCGCACAGGGUAGCACUGGUCUCCAAAUUGCCCAUUCAGCCGGUGACCCUGAAAACCGAAUUGGCCUCCACUAGAUACUCUGCGGGCCUCAUUGAUUGCCGCAUUUCUGGCCGAAUUUCAAAGGUCCUGAUGGUUGCUUUUUAUGGAUUUCCCAAUGACGCACAUGCCACUUCUCAAGCUCUGUUGGAGGUUUUUGAAGCUGUUAAGAGGUUUGGUGGUGCUUUCAUUUUAUUGGGGGAUUACAACAUGACUCAGGAGGAGGGCGCCGUCAGAGAUUUACUGAUGGAGGGAAGUGCUCGAUCCUUGGAUGAGAUGUUUUUGGGCCCCCUUCCCCCUACAAAUCCGCUGAACACCAGACGUAUAGAUUUUGGCUUGGCAGACUCCACGGUGUUGGCCACGGACGUCCAACAUUUCAGGCGUUGUGAGCUUUCUGACCAUGCCAUCAUCUGCUAUAGUCUCGACAGCAGUGCUCUUUCCACUGGCCAUGCGCAGCCAACCUUCGCAAAUUUGUCCCAAAAUGAUCCUGAAAAAAUUGCCCAAUCGUUUGAGCUGAGCUGGGACAUCCACCGGUUUGAUAGUUACCUUGACUCUGGCGACCUGGAUGAAGCGUGGCGCCUUUUGUCAGAUGCUGGGGAGGCCUCGCUGGCCAACAAGGAAAACGCCGGACAGCGCCAGGCCCGAAGCGAAGCAUGGAGUCCAAAGCAGCGGCCCCUGGUUAAACAGUCUGUGCAUGUGCGUGGCCAUGAGUCCCAAGGUGUUCGAGGCCUUCGAAGACUCACCACACGCCUCCGCCAACUUCACCAACAACGGCAUUGUGAUGAUCUACGUGAGGCCAUUGUUCAGUCCCUUCCAAAACUCCGCAAAUUAGUACCAGAGCUGCCUUAUUUGCCCGCCGGAUGCCUGGAAGAACAAGUGGAUGCUGUGCAGCAAUUAUAUGAGCGCUACCUGGCGCAGGAACAAGAGGCUAGGGUCCAACAGUGGCGAUCACGCACCAAACAAAAUGUGGUGCGCCAAAUAUCGUGGGUGAAACGCAAGGCAGAUGAGGCCCUUCGAGCUGAGCAGCAACCGCCCCCUAUUGAGUCAGCGCCGGUGUCUAUUCAUCCCACGCUGGUCCUCAAAACCCAGGGCAAGAACUGGAAGGAGAAAUGGACUGCCAAACCUGGUGACAUCAACUUUCAGGCCAUCAGCGAAAUCUUGGAGGAAGUGCCCCAAGUCCAGCCUUCCGAAAUUCAGUUGCAGAUGACUGCCUUGGAACUCAAGGAGGCAGCGAAGCAAAUGAUAAAUAAAGCCACCGGAGCGGACCAAUGGUCCGCGAAAUCGAUGUUGCGACUACCAGAGCAAUGGUGGGAUGGACUAUGUCGACUGUGGAACAAAAUCAUUGUUCUGGGAUAUGUACCUCGACUUUGGAGGCGGGCGGCUAUUAUCCUGUUGCCAAAGAAAGUCGAUGAAACACGUCCCAUAGCAUUAAGCUCGGUGCUGUGGCGUAUCGGCGCCCGGUGCGUCGCUCGCAAGCUCAGACAAUGGAGCGAACUCUGGUUGGACCAUUGCACGUUGGGAUCUGCGGCUGGACGAGCCGUCACAGACGCCCACUGCAGGGUGCACAGGCUUGGAAUGAUGGAUGCCGCGCUUUCAUACAACAAGACCUCACUGCCUUUUUCGAUUCCCUGA